GGGAUGCGAGCAUGGCCAUGGCCCAGGCGGGGGCCGCGGCCGCGGCUGCCACGGGGCUCCUCGUCUUCCUGCUGUACUCCGCCAUCCACAGGGUCGAGGAGGGACACCUGGCCGUGUACUACAGGGGCGGCGCGUUGCUGACCAGCCCGAGCGGCCCUGGCUACCACAUCAUGCUCCCGUUCAUCACCACCUUCAAAUCUGUGCAGACCACGCUGCAGACUGAUGAAGUAAAGAAUGUGCCUUGUGGGACAAGUGGUGGUGUUAUGAUCUACAUUGAUCGAAUAGAAGUUGUGAAUAAGCUGGCCCCAUAUGCAGUGUAUGACAUUGUGAGGAAUUACACGGCAGACUACGACAAGACCUUGAUCUUCAACAAAAUCCACCAUGAGCUGAAUCAGUUCUGCAGUGCCCAUACCCUGCAGGAGGUGUACAUCGAGCUGUUUGAUCAGAUAGAUGAGAACUUGAAGUUGGCCCUGCAGAAAGACCUCAAUGUCAUGGCACCGGGUCUCACUAUCCAGGCCGUGCGUGUUACAAAACCCAAAAUUCCAGAGGCCAUCCGAAGAAACUUUGAGCUAAUGGAGGCUGAGAAGACCAAGCUGCUGAUUGCAGCCCAGAGGCAGAAGGUGGUGGAGAAGGAGGCAGAGACAGACCGGAAGAAAGCACUCAUUGAGGCAGAGAAGGCUGCACAGGUGGCCAGGAUUCACUACCAACAGAAGAUCAUGGAGAAGGAAACAGAGAAGCGGAUUUCUGAGAUUGAAGAUGCUGCGUUCCUGGCAAGGGAGAAGGCAAAAGCUGAUGCAGAGUACUACACUGCUCGGAAGCUGGCUGACUCCAACAAGCUGAAGCUGACUCCUGAGUACCUGGAGCUGAUGAAGUACCAGGCAAUAGCUGCCAACAGCAAGCUGUACUUCGGCGACCGCAUCCCUGGCGUAUUCCUGGAUUCCUGUGCCUUCCAGCAGGCCAACCUGAGGACUGCCCACGAAACCAGCCUUCCUGCACAGGAAACCCCAGAAACCUCUGCAGAAAGCCCCCUGAGAGGCGAGGAGAGCACUGGCUGAGGGAGGCAGAAGGGAUCCCGGUGUAGCUCAGCAGCGAGCCCGGCUGUGACCGGGGACGAGGCCCUGUGCCGCCAUGGGCGGAUGCAGCACAUGCCUGGACAUCUUGUGUAUAGGUGGCAUUUGGGUUGAUUUUCUUCUAGCAACAGAUUGCAAGGGCUCUCUGCCUCUUCUGUUUCUCCCCCUAUUAAAUUGGUGCUUCCAAAGGAGGGAUAAUCCUGUACUAACAUACCUAUACUGGAAUAUUAAAUGGCAGACAACAGGAAAGCCUCCUGGGGUAGGUGCAGUAGUUUAGCAGGCAUUACUCUACAGGAAGGAGAUGUGGCUUUGAGUGCUGUGUUGCUGCACACUGGUCAUUGCUCAGCAGUCCUGGCUGAGGCUGACUGAAGAGGAGGUUCCCCUCGUCCUGCUGCUGAAGCUUUGCUUGGUGAAGGUUUCUGCU